GCCUAAAUUCCCUUGCUAUUUUAACCUGGAACAUUGUUAUUUUAGUCUUUGUUAGAAGCUAAUCAAAGUGAACCAAACAGAAAGCGCUGAAUUUCUUUUUUCGCAUAUUUUGUUUAAAUUUUACCGUAAACCAGUUUUAGUUUGUCAUGGGUCGAAGGAAGUCAAAAAGGAAGCCUCCACCAAAGAGGAAGAAUAUUGAAAAACUUGACGUUUAUUUCAAUUGUCCAUUUUGUAACCACGAAAGAUCUUGUGAAGUUAAAUUAGAUCGGCAGCGGAACACAGGUAAUAUAUCAUGUGGGGUAUGCAUGGAGGAUUACCAGACAACAAUUAAUUAUUUAUCGGAGCCUAUAGAUGUGUACAGUGACUGGAUAGAUGCUUGUGAACAGGCAAAUCAAUAACACAUGGACCAACUUUUCUCUUCUGUGUUCACAACUUUAUACUGGUAAUCAUAGAGGAUAUUAAGUGAAAUGUACUGAAGAGCAAUGGAAGAAUUAGGAUAGAUAAAAUCAUGUUUUUAAUGUUCUGUUUUAAGUUUAUGUUAAGCAUUACUGCUUAUAGAAUAAGUUCAUUUUAAUUGUCAAUGCAUGAUGUGUUGCUUUCAGCAUAAACAUGUUGUUAGCUUUAGAAAUGUGUACAGUUGUUGCCAGUAUAAAUUGAUUUUGUUUUAUCAUUGUAUAUAAAAGAAGAAAAAUCUUACACAGUAUGUAAUGAAUAUCGAGUUAACUGUAACUUUUGAAAAAUGUUUAUGUGAAAUGUGAAAUGUUUCACUGUUAAUGAAACAUUUGUAAUUUAUCUAACACAAGUACCUGCAAUAAUAUACUUAAAGGCAUUUGUUGGUCUUGUUUCCUUUGUACAAAGCUAUAAAGUUACAUUUUGAUACACACUGAAAUUCUACAGAUUAAUACAUAGAAAGAAAAAAAUAUGUACUUACAUUACUUAAAUAUGAAUGCCAAUAUUAUGACCCCAUGUGUCUGUACCUUUGUUAAAGAAAAUGCACAUUUAUUAUAUUAAAAAUAUUACAGUUACAGAUCAUUUAAAUGUACCUCAAGAAAUUGUCUUGAAUUAUAAAAUAUGACAAUUUGACUGGUAUGUUUAAAGGGACUGACAUUCCACUGAGGUUUUUUGACAUGAUGGGGCUGAAAAUAUUUUUUCCAGAUAAAUGUACCAUUUGAUGUAGGUUUAGACCACAAAUCUCUAUGCAAAAUUUCAGAUCAUUUGCGCACUUCGUUUUUCCAGAAUAAUUAUUCAAAUAUUAAAAAAAUGACACAAAAUGAAAAAUGUGUAAAAUCAGGUUAAGAAAAGCAUAAAAAUACAAUUUUCAAUUUAUUUCAAAGUAUAUUUCUUAACAAUCUUUGCAUAUAUUUCUUUUUAAAGUGCCUCAGCUCAUUCAUGUAAGAAAUUCAAAUAUUUUGUUUUUAGGCUUUUAAACCUCAGUGGAGUCCCUUUAAGACCAAAUGUAUACACAUUUUAUUUCAUAUCAAAAGUCAUUUUGAAACUGUGGCAUGUAUGCAUAGGUAUUGAAUAAAUGUUUCAUGUCAUGCAUAAUUAAAGGUACAUAUAUUACAUGUCAAACAAACUGGUUUAUAUUUGUAGUGAAUGUUUAGUUAUACAGGUAUGUGUGGAUAUACAUGUAUCAUGUUUCAUAUUUUAAAUCAUCAGUCUGUGUUGUAUUUCAUGUAAACUAGUGAAUUUGUCUUGCACAUAUUUUAUCAUUUAAAUAAAGAUAGUGAAAAAGAAAAAAA